AUGGCUGGACAAAAGAAAAUUUUACUAAAAGUUAUCAUUUUGGGUGAUAGUGGUGUUGGAAAAACAAGUUUAAUGAGUCAAUUUGUUUCAAAUAAAUUUUCCGACGAUUAUAAAGCAACCAUAGGUGCAAAUUUUUUAACUAAAGACGUACAAGUUGGUAAUCAUCUGGUGACAAUGCAGAUUUGGGAUACAGCUGGACAAGAACGUUUUCAAAGUUUAAGCGUUUCUUAUUAUCGUGGAGCUGAUUGUUGUAUACUUGUUUAUGAUGUUACAUCAACGACUUCAUUCACUUCGUUAAAUAAUUGGCGGGAUGAGUUUCUUAUUCAAGCUGCACCUCAUGAUCCGGAAAAUUUUCCACUUGUGGUUAUUGGUAAUAAAGUUGAUCUUAGUAAUCGUGUGGUUCAGACACGUCAGGCACAAAGUUGGUGUUCAGGUAUAUCAAAUGUAUCCUAUUUUGAAACAUCAGCUAAACAAGGUAGCAAUAUUGAAAAAGCAUUUGCAACAGCUGCAUAUAAUGCAUUAGCACGUAGCAAAGAUAUUGAUCCAACAUCGGAUAUGGCCACAUCUAUUACACUUUCCGAAAAUAACCGACCAACAAAACGAAGCGGAUGUCCAUGUUAA